UUCAUUAGAGUUUCUUGAGUCUUCAAAUUCACUUGAUUAACGUUUGAUUUAAUUUCUCUUUCAAUUAAUUGUUUCGUUUUUUUUUGUUUUAAUCUUUUUUUGAUUUACUUUUUUCACCGUCAUGUCACUUGUUGAUCAUCUUAAUUCUGUGCCUAAUUGCUGCUCAUUAUUAUCAUAUCUUUCAUGGUUUUCUCUUUGUUUCAAGAUGAACACUAAUUCAAAUCAAAGAUAAAUAGUUGAGAGUUAAAUCUUUGUGUCUCUAAUUAUCAAUACAAGUGAAUAGAAUUUUUUUUUUCAUAAUUAACAAAUAAUCUUCACAAAUUAAUACCCCAGACUAAUCAUAUAGUCAACAUCGCCUUCUCUUCAAAUCUAAUUAACUACAAGAUAAACAACAACAACAACAACUUAAUAUCAAUCUCGAUGUAAUCUUGAAAGUUGAAAUUCUCAAGGCUUUUAUUUUGGAAAAGCUUUUUUCUUUUCUUUUUCUCUUUAAUGUUUGUGAUUAUUUUUUAAUUCUACAACCAAUUAAGUGAUUAUUGUGAAAAAUUGACUGUUCAAUUGACUUUCCAUUGAUUUGGAAUAGUUAAAUGUUAGAAAAACAAAACCGUAUCAAUAAGGUUUGUUAAAACAUGAAACUUAAUCAUCACCAUAAUUGUAAAUACUUAUUCAACUUUAAUAUGCCAUCACUAUCGCCAUUAUCUACAAUCAACAGUUUUUCUAACAAAAUUAUUCUUUUAAUUUUUAUAAUUGUUACAUUUUUCUCAAAUUCUAAUCAUGCCCAAGAAGCAGCAUCUUCAGCGAUUGUUGAUCAAUCAACUGUAUAUUCUAGUGUAAAUCUUGGUACAAUUGUACAGAAACUGUUGAUACAAAAUAGAUUCUUAUACAUUGGAGGUCGUAAUUUUUUCUUACGUAUGGAUCCUAAAACUCUGGAAAUUAUGGAAAAUUUUACAACCGGACCGAUAGCAGAUAAUUACAAAUGUCCACCACCACCUUCUCCUUGUCCAGUUAAUGAAAUUCGAACCAUGACUCAAUCUGAUUGUAUCAAUUUGUUCUCGAUUAAUGUUUCCUCCAGUUCCGUUUUAUUGGCCUGUUACUCAACUCAUCAAGGAAUGUGCUAUGUGAUCCCUCAGGCCGGAUUUAAAGCUGCAAGGCUACUUGGUGAUCCAAAUAAUGUUAGAAACUAUGUUGCCUCUCGUCGUAGUAGUUAUGUUGUCUCUGUUGCCGAUGAACUGACCGCCGCUGGUAAACAACAAUCGGCCAUUUUUGUGGCUCAUGCUUAUGAUGAUCGACCCUUGGAUUCAAGUCCACCCACGAUAUCCAAGAGGAAACUAGUGUCACCAAUUAAUCUUGCCUAUUGGACUGAUGGAAAGGCAACCCUAACAGCUCGGGAUGUCCGUUCACCUUAUAAAAAUUCAAAAUGGCCAAUCAAUUAUAUUUACGGAUUUCAACAUGGUGAUUAUGUUUUCUUUGUUAAAACGGAACCAGAAAAACUUCAAGAGACUCAAAGAGUAACCAAAAUCAUUCGUAUUUGUAUCGGUGAUGGUUUCUUUGGUUCAUAUUCUGAAAUUCAGGUUACAUGUAAAGACCAAACUGUAGCAACCGCCGCGACUCUCGGUAAAAUGGACGACUAUUUAAGGAACACUUUCAAUCAAAUUCGACCUCUGACAACCUCGAACGUACUUUUCUUGGCCUUUCAAAACACCAAAUUAAACAAACCUCUAAGUCAUACUCACUCAGAAUCACGGGUUUGUGCCUUUUCGAUGGACCAUUUGAUGUACGAAUUUGAAACAGCUCGAAAUGCUUGCUAUGCCAGAAGAAGUGGAAAACUAAUUGAAACCUUUGUCGAACCAGGUUCACGUUGUAUUGAACAUGAACACCAACAAUGUCAACAAAGUGUCAACAUGUUAAUCGAAGUGACCAAAAUUGUUGACGGUUAUGUGCUUUAUGGGGAUAAGCCAAAGAUAACAUCAAUGGUUUCACUUUUACAAGGAUCACGAUCAAAGUACUCUCUCUUCAUUGGAACUGAAAAUGGUUUAGUUAAAAAAAUUGUCAACGGUCAAGAUAUUUUCACAAUUGAAUUGAGUAAAUCAAAGAUUGAACCUGAUCCAGUGGUUGAAAGUGAUGAGGAAAAUAUUUUCAUGGCUACCGGUCAAUCGUUGAUCAAAUUACCUGUUAAAACUUGCUCUUAUUACAAAGAUUGUGGCUCUUGUAUUGAAUCACAAGCAAAAGAUAAUAUCGACUGUGCUUGGACUGGUAAAUCUUGUGUUGUCAAUGGUCCUGAUGUUGUAAUGGUUUCUCAUUGUGAACCCAAGUUAAUCUCAUUUUCACCCAAAAAAGGACCAACUCAAGGAGGUACAAUACUGAGAGUAAAGGGUGUUGAUCUUGGUUUUCAUGAUGAAACAUCAAACACCGAGAACAGCAUCUCUAUUGGUGGUAAAAGUUGUUCAAUCAUCUCCUGGAAUUAUACUGACAUUGAGUGUAAAAUUGUCACCUCAUCAGAACAACCAUCUACCCCAAGUUCCGGUUUCAUUGAGCUAAAAGUUAAAGAUAUUUCAGCUCGAAAGGGUUAUGAUAUCAUUGGAACAGUUAAAAGUUCUGAAUCUUUUCAAUUCGUUAAUCCAAGUGUAACAAGUGUCAAACCUUUAAUCUCACCCUUAACUGGUGGAGUGAAUGUUUUCAUUCUUGGUGAAAAUUUGGAUAUUGGAUCAAAUUUACAAGUUCUUUUAGCUGGAGUUCAGUGUGAAUCUAUUGAAGUUGUUGAAUCGACAGCCAUUAAAUGUGUCUCAGGUUCAGCUGAGAAACAGGGUUACCCAACUAAAGGUCCAAUCGGUGUUAUCAUUGAUUCCGCUGCCAUAUCGACAAAUUUUACUUUCUCCUAUUUUAUUGAUCCCUUGUUUAGUUAUAUAACUCCAAAUGUUACAAGUGCCACUUCCGCUGUUAAUAUUACCGUUAUUGGAGAUCAUUUUGAUAGUUUAUAUCAACCUCGUUUAAUUGUCUCUGCAAUUGUACCCAAAGCAUCAAUUUCACCUUUACUUCUUGCCAGUGACUGUACACUAAUCGAUGUUACAUCAUUUAUCUGUCCUAGUCCAAUUAUGCCUUCAGAAAUUUACUUUGAAUCUCCAAUAACAACAACCAUUUCUUUUGCCAAUGGAGGAUCAAGUAAACAUAUUCCAACUGAUUUUAUUCUAGUCUAUUUACCUGAUCCCAAGUUUUCCGAUAAAAUUGUUUCCACCCCAGGAAUUGAUGGUAGUCGGACACUUGAGAUUAUGGGGCAACAUUUACACACUGGUUAUGGUAUGAAAGUGAUUCUUGUUAAUCAACAAGACGGAGCAACUUUAGAGUGUAAAGAUUUAAGGUCAAUCGAUGGUAAUCUAAUUGCUUGUAAUAUUCCCUUAGAAGAUUAUCAAGGUGAUCCAACUGUUUCCCCCUGGAAUAUUUCAGUUAUCACUGGAAGUAAACAAUUAUUUGUUGGUAGUGUUCCUAUUGGACCUCCACUUGAAACAGAAUCUUCAUCAACAAUUGCUGGUAUAGUCGUUGGUAUGAUUACCGCUCUAGGGGUAAUCCUAUUAAUCAUGAUGUAUAUUCUCAAACGUAAUGGUUACCUUUUAACAUCUAAAAAAGGUCCACCCUCUUUAGGGGUAGCCUACAGAUCACCCGAAAAUGGUCAAUUCCAGCGACAAGGAUCACAAAAUGAAUAUCAUCAAGCUGGUUCUCGAAUUUCUGGUCAACCAUUAUUAUUCAAUCGACAAUCAGAGGAAAUUAAAUUCGUUCUUGAUCCAGAAAAACAAUCAGAGCUAAUGGCUGAUGACACUUUUUCUCGUGAUUAUCUGACCCGAGAAAAGGUCAUUGGUCAAGGAAACUUUGGAUUGGUCUAUCAAGGUUACCUUAAAUUACCAAGUAAACAAGAUGAGAAAAUCAAAGUUGCCAUCAAAACACUUAAAACUGAAAGAGGUAUUUUAUCACAAGAAAAAGGUGAAGCUUUUCUUGCCGAAGGACUAAUCAUGAAGGAGUUUUGUCAUGAAAACGUAUUGUCUCUGAUUGGUGUUUCGAUUGAUUUUGAUGGAUCUCCAAUGAUAAUUACUCCUUUCAUGGAGCAUGGUGAUUUGAGGUCUUUUAUUCAACAAGAAGAUCUUGAAUUUACCGUUAUUGAGUUGAUUCAAUUUGGAGUCCAAGUUGCCCAAGGAAUGGUUUACCUGGCGGGAUUAAAGUUUGUCCAUCGUGAUUUAGCUGCUCGUAAUUGUAUGGUCGAUGAACAUCAAACAGUUAAAGUUGCCGAUUUUGGACUUUCUCGUGAUGUUUACACGACAAAUUACUAUUCAGAUGGAGAUAAUCGUAAACCAUUACCGCGUAAAUGGAUGGCCAUUGAAAGUCUUGAGAGAGGAAACUAUGAUACCAAGAGCGAUGUUUGGUCUUAUGGUGUUUUAUUAUGGGAAUUAUUAACUCGAGGAGAUAUUCCCUAUCCUGAUGUUGAAGAUUGGAAAAUGAAAGAUUACCUCAAAGUGGGCUAUCGUUUACCUCGACCUGAACACUGUCCUCCUGAAGUAUAUUCUGUAAUGAAAGAGUGUUGGGUUGAAGAUCCUAAAAGUCGUCCCACUUUUGAAGAGAUUUUAAAACUAAUCGAAGUUGCCAUCGAAAGUAAUGAGAAAAAGUAUCUCGAACAAAAAACCAAUCGAAACAUCCGUUAUAUCAAUGAUCCAUCAAUGUUUAUCAAUCCAGAAUACGAUGGAUCAAUGAUAAUUAGAAGCUAAUUCUGGUCUUAAUCUACAUUAACUCUUUUUAUUUUCGCACACUUUUUCCCUCGUUAAUGAUCAAAUUUUCGCCCAUGAUUUCAAUUGAUUUUCAUCAUGAAACAAAUCACACAUGGAAAUGUUAAUUGUUAAAACUGCUACUCACCCGUUGAUGUGUAUUUAUGAUCUUGCCCUGGUUUCAGACUGAUGGUGAAAAUAAACAAGGAAAGACAAAACAAUUGAGUCAUUUCCUGAUAAGUGAAACUCAUGGAUGGAAAAAUUAACAUUAUCAUCACAGAAAAGAUUCAUCCAAGAUGAUAAAUCAUCAUGAAAAUUGGAAACCAAAUCAAUUGUAAUAUCGUCAACACACUCAACUCAUCAAAAAGCUAUCAUAUUGUAAAUACAAUUCCAAUUUCUCCAGCAAUUAACCUUUCAUGACGUGAAUGUAAAAUUUGAAUCUGUUCAAUCUGUUCAGGGGAAAAAAGCUCAUGACUUUUUCAAUAGAAAAAGUCAUUUUCUUGUUAAUUACUAUUUUCCAAUUCUAUUUAUAUUUUCUUGCUAAUCAACACCAAGAAAAACAUAUAACUAUACUUCUUGAGACAGUUUGUUAUUUUUACACAAUCAAUUUAAUCAAUGUUUAGGUUUAGACAAUUAUAAAUAAAAUCCUCUGUUGAUUACCUUAAAAAAUAUAUCCAAUUAGAUGUUAUAAUCUCUGAACAGAAUUGAAAAUUUACCAGAAUCAAAUUAAUUAUGUUUCUAAUUCUAAUAUUCAUCUUGUACUAACCAUUAAUUACAAACAUUUAACAAUUUUAAUUUUUAUGCAAAUGAUUUAAAUCACUAACAAACCUGUCAAUCAAUGUAAAUAACUUUAUCAAUGUUAAUCAAUCUGAAUGAUUAAUUGCCCUUCAUUUUAUAUAUGUAACUGUUAACUAAUUGCUACCACCUAAUUGUAAAUCUGUUGCCUUCUUCAAAACAAGUCAUGGGUAUGUUAAAUUGUCACCUUUACACCCAAUUGCAUCUUCAAUAUAAUUGUUAUCAAGCUGAUCAAAUGGAGCUAAUUAACUAAUAGCAAUGAUCCAGUAAUCAACAAGCUUCAAAUGAUUCCCAGAUGAUCAAAUCAUUGAUUAAAAGUAUCCAUUGGUCAGUCAAUCAGACGCACAAUUGAUAAAUCACUUGGUUAUCACUUCAAUUAUCAAGCAAAAUUAAUUAUCCAUUUGCUGUUUACAAAUUUAAAUCAAUCAUCAGCCUGAUUGUUAAUUGAAUCAACUUUGCAUGUUCGCAUUUUAAUCAAUCCCUAUUGUGCCUUAUUAAUAUUAAAUCCUUAAACUGUGAUUAAAUUUAAUUUUCUAAACUUCGAAACAA